CUUCAAUCGGUACCAAUGUCUUAACCCCUUUUAACCCCGUGGAGGUGGUUGCCCCUCAACCUGUGCGGGGUAGCUUCAUGUUUGUGACAAGCCGAGCGUGGAGACCAAGGAGGCAAAGAAAACACCUCUGUGGAUAGAUGGACGCCGUGCAUAAGUAGCAAGUAUCCUACGUCAGACCUCUCUUGGUCAUCUUUCUUCUGGAGAAUCAACCGUGAUUCAACAACGCAUCCUCACCUAAGGUCUUCCAAAACCCCCCAGCAGUCAGUGAAAAUGAGCGGCCCUCCUAAGACGCAGGCUCUCAUCGACUCUCUCGCCAACUCAAAAUGUGAAUACCGCCGCCUAGGCCAGUCAGGCCUCCGGAUCUCGGUCCCUAUCUUCGGCUGCAUGUCUUUCGGCGACUCCCGCGCCAUGAGCUGGGCAGUCGACGAGGAAAAGGCCCUCCCCCUCCUCAAAGCAGCCUACGACCGCGGACUCAACACCUGGGACACGGCCAACAUGUACUGCAACGGCGCCUCUGAAGUCCUCAUUGGGAAAGCCCUCAAGCAGUACGAAAUCCCCCGCCACAAAGUCAUCAUCAUGACCAAGUGCUUCUGGGCAGUCGGCGAAGAAAUCGAGCUUGCCGCCUGGCAGAACAAUAAGGAGAUGGUGACCAAGUCCAAGGACUACGUCAACCAGGGUGGUCUGUCAAGAGCGGCGAUCUUCAACCAGGUCGAGGCGAGCUUGAAGAGGCUGGAUACGGAUUACAUUGAUCUGCUGCAGAUCCACCGCUUCGAUCCCGAGACGCCCAUCGAGGAAACGAUGAAGGCGCUGCACGAUCUUGUGCAGAGCGGGAAGGUGAGGUAUUUGGGAGCGAGCAGCAUGUGGGCGACGCAGUUUGCAAGGAUGCAGUUUUGUGCCGAGAGAAACGGUUGGACCAAGUUUGUCUCGAUGCAGAAUCACUACAACUUGCUGUAUCGUGAAGAGGAAAGGGAGAUGAACAGGUUCUGCAACGACACCGGGGUGGGAUUGAUUCCAUGGGCGCCGUUAUGCAGGGGCCAUUUGGCCCGGAGGCUGGAUCAGUUUGGAUCGACGGAUAGGAGUAAGGGGGAGAAGGAUAACCAGCCUGGGGCCCAUGGUACAGUCGAGCCUGACAUUACUAUUAUCAAAAGGGCCAUUGAGUUGGCGGACAAGCAUGAGUGGCCUAUUUCCCACGUUGCUUUAGCUUGGAUCAACAAGAGAGUUGCCAGUCCCAUUGUCGGGUUCAACAGCAUUGAACGGAUGGAGGAGGUGAUUUCUGCCAACGGCAAGGUGUUAACGGAGGAGGAGGAGAAGUAUCUUGAAGAACUCUACCAGCCAAAGGCUAUCCAAGGCCACGCUUAGUGGGCGUCUGCCUAUACUAGAUAUUUGACUUGUAUAUUUAAUUAGAGCCUUGCAGAUAUUUCGUACAUCAACCUUUGAAGACUAGGUAUGUUCUCUGUUGUUAUGCUCAAUACGAUUCAAACAACUCAUGCAGCCGUGUUUGUUCUCUGUAGUAGUAAAAAGAGACGAAUACUGCUUGAAAUGAUUCAGAAUUUGUCAUACAAAGACCUUUCAAGCAAACAAGCUCGGACAACUAAGGUCCCAACCAUGGUAGCCUAAGCCACCUAGAGGAUGUUGGACUCAGCCUCUUUAUGGCCGAGAAACUUCGAACCCAUCUUUUCCAA